AUGUCUGACACAGGAAGAAAAGGAUUCGGCGACAAGGCCUCUGAAGCUUUGAAGCCUGACUCUCAAAAAUCAUAUGCCGAACAAGGUAAGGAGUUUGUCACUGACAAGGCUGACAAGUUUGCCGGUAAGGUUCAACCAGAAGAAAACAAGGGUGUCUUCCAAGGUGCUCACGACUCUGCCCAGCAGGGCAAGGAUAACGCUGAAGGUCAGGGAGAGUCCUUGGCCGACCAAGCCAGAGACUACAUGGGUGCCGCCAAGUCCAAGUUGAACGAUGCCGUCGAAUACGUCUCCGGCCGUGUACACGGUGAAGAAGACCCAACAAAGAAGUAA